GCCGCGAGGCCCGGCGGGAGGCGGCGGCUGCAGGGCAGCCCCCCGCCGUGCAGCGGGGAGUGCCAGGCGAUCCAGGACGUCGCCAACGGCUGGGAGGGCCACUGCCUCGGCCUCCAGCUCUCCGGGCAGAACACCAGUCGGGAGCAGUGCCGCGGCAUCUGCUGCAAGAACGCAGACUGCGAGGUAUGGCAAUGGGGGAACCGGCGUGACCACGAGGGGGACGCUCUUGGCUCUUGCUACACGGGCAGGGGCCUUGAGUGCUCGGGCGACCGCUUCGACGACUUCCUGGUGCUCGCGGGGCAGCGCAUCUCCCACGGCACGGUGGCGGAGAGGCCGUCCCUCUGGACCUCGGCCACUGGUGUAUAG